CGGAGGCCAGGGUGGGGGAAGGGCCGGAGGUCUGGAGUUGGCGCGCGGAACAAUCUGGGAAAUGUAGUCUAGGCUGGAGGAAGGGACCGGAAAUGCGCAUGCGCAGUGGUACGGGCCCAUCCCUCUGGUUGGGAAGGUAAGGGUGGGAACUUCUCUGAGGAGACGUGGCCUGUACUUGAACUCCAAUUCCCAGCUAGACCGGGAGCAUGGAGCUGGAAUCCGGACGUUGCCUUCAGAUGGGCCCUGUGCUGUCGUGCGAACCUGUCAAUCACCGCCCAUUGUCAUGGCAACAGGCACUAGGCGCUGGUCCUAGCUGCGCCAGAACCUGCCUUGGCAUCCCAGAGCGGAAGUGCCCGCUUAGACUUACGGAAAAUGUAUUUCCGCAACCUCAACGAGGCGCUUAGUGGUUCUAUGUUUCUCCCAGGGUUUCAGAGUGACUUGGAACCUUGAGAAGUUCCUUCCCUAGAGAAAGACACUGGCUGAACUCAAAGACCUGAUCUGGCACUCCUGAUGAGACCCACUGUGCUGGGUUCCCCAGGCCGUGCACCCCCAGAAAAUGAGCCCAUCGUAGUGAAGCUGGAGGACUCUGAGGACGAGGUAGAAGACAGCUUGUGGGACCCAGGCCCAGAGGCUGCACGUCUACGUUUCCGGUGCUUCCGAUACGAGGAGGCAAUGGGUCCUCUGGAAGCCCUGGCCCAGCUUCGAGAGCUAUGUCACCAGUGGCUACAGCCGGAGGUGCACUCCAAGGAACAGAUGCUGGAGCUGCUGGUGCUGGAGCAGUUCCUAGGUGCACUGCCCCCUGAGAUCCAGGCCCGUGUGCAGGGGCAGUGGCCAGGCAGCCCUGAAGAGGCUGCAGCCUUGGUUGACAGACUUCGCUGGGAGCUAGGCCGACCUCGGAGAUGGGUCACAGUCCAGGUACAAGGCAAGGAGGUCCUAUCAGAGAAGAUGGAACCCUCCAGCUUCCGGCCUAUACCUCAAAUCAAGCUUCAGACUUCAGAGCCUGGAGCUGAGACACUACUUGGGACCAUGCAGGAAUUGCCCCUGAACUUUGAACUGAAAGAAGAGACAGAGGUGAUGGAGGAGCCAGAGCUCCUGGAGUCUGGGCCUCUUCCUGCUGUCCAAGAGGCUGCAGCAGCUCUCCUACCUAAGGAGUCCCAGGGCCAUGGGACAGCAUUGGACCAGGCCUCUCUUCACAGCGAGACUGAGCCUGAUGUGCCCUCGUGGAGUGAGCACCCUGUGGACCUCUGGCAUGAAGAAGUAGGGGGCAUCUUCUCACCAGGCUUUGCGCUCCAGAUGGACAGCAUCUCAGCAGAGGCAGAUACCAUGAGCCCCCACCUCCAUGUCCCCUGGGAUCUCGGCAUGGCCAGCCUCUCUGGACAGACCCGGUCGCCCUCCCGCGAAGGUGACUUCGCCCAUGCACUGGUGCUCCCCAGCGACCCUAGAGGCGAACAGGACCGUGCGAACGAGGUUCCUUUUCCCGGCAUGGACCCCGCACUGGUCGCCACCCACUGGCGUGCCCCCAGAGGCCGUGGCCGAGGCCGCCCUGGCUCGGGGACCGGAGCCGUGCGAGGCGGCUGCUGCGACGUGUGUGGCAAGGUGUUCAGCCAGCGCAGCAACCUGCUGAGACAUCAGAAGAUCCACACCGGCGAGCGGCCCUUCGUGUGCGGCGAGUGCGGCCGCAGCUUCAGCCGCAGCUCGCACCUGUUGCGCCACCAGCUCACGCACACCGAAGAAAGGCCGUUCGUCUGCCGCGACUGCGGCCAGGGCUUCGUGCGCAGCGCGCGCCUGGAGGAGCACCGGCGCGUGCACACCGGCGAGCAGCCGUUCCGCUGCGCCGAGUGCGGCCAGAGCUUCCGGCAGCGCUCCAACCUGCUGCAGCACCAGCGCAUCCACGGCGACCCCCCGGGCGCCGGCACCGCGCCGCCCGCCCUUCCCGGCGCGCCCGAGCCCCCGGGCCCCUUCCCGUGCAGCGAGUGCUGCGAGAGCUUCGCGCGGCGUGCCGUACUGCUAGAACACCAAGCGGUGCACACCGGAGACAAGUCCUUCGGCUGCGUGGAGUGUGGCGAGCGCUUCGGCCGCCGCUCGGUGCUGCUGCAGCACCGGCGCGUGCACAGCGGCGAGCGGCCGUUCGCCUGUGCUGACUGCGGCCAGAGCUUCCGGCAGCGCUCCAACCUCACGCAGCACCGGCGCAUCCACACUGGCGAGCGGCCGUUCGCCUGCGCCGAAUGUGGCAAGACCUUCCGCCAGCGGCCCACGCUCACGCAGCACCUGCGCGUGCACACGGGCGAGAAGCCUUUCGCCUGUCCCGAGUGCGGCCAGCGCUUCAGCCAGCGCCUCAAGCUCACGCGCCACCAGCGGACUCACACCGGUGAGAAGCCCUACCACUGCGGCGAGUGCGGCCUGGGCUUCACGCAGGUGUCGCGGCUCACCGAGCACCAGCGCAUCCACACCGGCGAGCGGCCCUUCACGUGCCCCGAGUGCGGCCAGAGCUUCCGCCAACAUGCCAACCUCACCCAGCACCGGCGCAUCCACACCGGCGAGCGGCCCUACUUGUGCCCCGAGUGCGGCAAGACCUUCCGCCAGAGGCCCACGCUCACGCAGCACCUGCGCACCCACCGGCGAGAGAAGCCAUUUGCCUGUCAGGACUGCGGUCGCCGCUUCCACCAGAGCACCAAGCUCAUCCAGCACCAGCGCGUCCACAGCACGGAGUAGUGCUGCUGGCACGUGUUCCUUGGUCCAAAAGAAACACCUACCUCACAGGGUUGUUGUGAGGCGGGAAUGGAGUAGCGGGCCCGCCCAGGGCUUGGCCCUCAGUAGGUGCUUAAUAAACAGUAAAUGGUGCCUCCCCAA